AACCACACGCCGCGCAGCGCGCUAUUUUUAUUGUUAUCCUAACGUUUUUUUGCAUUUUUAAACUAAUUUAGGUAGGAAAAUCUGUGAUACACUAAAACAAUGGCUUCUUAUAACAAGACUUUACAAUUACUAGCUUCUAAAUUGGGUUUAAGCGAGGAGGAAAAGGUUUUGAGCAAAGCGGCGGAGUUUGAGCGGCUACUGCAGACCAAAACCGUUGCCGGGAGCAACUUGAGCGACACCAGCAAGCUUGUGAUCUGCCUGGAUUUGGCUGCAGGCAUCUUUGGAGCUGAUCUGGAUGUGAAAACCGCGAUAAAAUACUCUGGACUGAAGCCCAUAGCAUACACAACUAACCGGAAGACAGUAGAGAACCUUCUAGAAAUAAACAGCAGUAGGCUGACCGUGGCUCAGUUGUGUGUGACGUUGCAGUGCACCGGUAUACAGGAGGUUGCCGAGAAGAUUCUAGAGGAGUACCAGAGACAUUCUAAAGUGGAGUUGGAUAUGAGUUUACCACAGUAUGUCUGUAUGGCUGUCUAUCAAGCGGGAAGAAUAAACAAAGUGAAAGUGUCCAAAGUGAAGAUAAACGAGAAGUGCCGCCUGAAACCCGCCCAGUGGGCGAUGCUCGAAGCGGACUGGACGAAAUUCGUCAACGAGAAAUUUGCGAGUGCCCUUAAGAAGAGAGGGCGGCCUGCGAAAUCUACCGUGAUAGCUGAUGAAAACCAAGAGAUGGAAAUCGACACGAAAGAAGAAACGCCAACGGAGACAGAGACAGAGCCAUACGAAGAUUGGAGACGGCGAAUGCUAGAAGCCGCCUACAAAGAACUAGAAAUGAGAGUGAAAGAAAAUAAGAAAUCACCCAAAAAGACUCCUUUAAAAGAGAAAGAAAUACCUACUAGAAAGUCGCCAAGGAAGACUCCAAUGAAAUACUCCCCUUAUAAGACACCCACUAAAGGGGUCAGACUCUUGUUUCCUAAUUUCAUGUGA